AACCAAAUGGAUAGGCGUAGUGUGCUCUCCCUCGCAUUGAUCUGCAUUGUUGUCGCCGGCGUCGGAGGUCAGUCUCCAACGGCGGCGCCUACCACAUCUCCGGUUACCACCACUCCUCCUGCUACAUCCCCUGCGGCAGCCCCUUCCAAACCAAAAUCGCCAGCGCCGGUUGCUUCUCCCAAGUCAACACCACCAGCUUCUUCCCCCAAUGCUGCAACUGCAACCCCCGCAGCGUCUCCGAAGCCGGCAUCUCCAGCUUCAUCUCCGUCUAAAGCCGCUGCUCCAGCUCCGGCGGUUAAACCUCCGGCGUCGUCACCUCCGGCAGUGACUCCAGUGAGUUCGCCACCAGCACCGGUUCCGGUGAGUUCUCCGCCUGCUCCUGUUCCGGUGAGCUCUCCACCAGAGAAAUCUCCCCCUGCACCCGCGCCGACAACUCCCGCACCUGUGGUAGCACCGACUGCUGAGGUUCCCGCUCCGGCUCCGAGCAAGUCAAAGUCAAAGAAGAAGGUGAAGAAGGGUAAGAAGCACAAUGCACCAGCACCGUCACCGUCAUUGCUAGGUCCUCCUGCACCGCCGGCCGAAGCUCCCGGACCCAGCCAGGAUGCAUCUUCUCCUGGUCCAGCUUCCUCUGAGAACGAGAAUGGAGCCGAAACCAUCAGGUGCUUGAAGAAGAUGAUAGGAUGCUUGGCUUUGGGCUGGGCUACCCUUGUUUUGAUAUUCUAAGAGACAGUGACUUCAUUGCUGUUGUUACGAUAUUCUUGUAUAAUUUAUUUUCUUUUUUUGGGCCCUGUUAUGGGCUGAGAUUAAAUUUAUUUACCAUUGUUUCCUUCAAACUCGUAUUAUUCUAUUAUUGAUUAUGGUG